UAAUUUUGACUUCUAAGCAGCGUGAGGCUCCGUACAGUAUUAUUCUCCACAGUGAUUCUUUGUCGUCAGAUUAUUGUACAACAUGAGCGCGAACCGCCCUCUAUCUCUCACAUUCCUGAGCACGAAGAACUCCUACCACUUACUUCUCAGCCUGAAAUAUCUUAGCUCUCAAUAACACCAAGUAUUUGACCGAGUCCAAAUAUUCCACAGCAUUCGGUCCCAAUUAACACGAAACCUCACCAUCGAAGCCCAAGUGACUACCAACCACCCAGCCACCCACCAAAUUUCUCCUCGCUUACGGGCUCGUUUCAAGCUUGGCAAUCCACCAAUCAAAACAUCUCAGCCAAUGUCGUCUAUUCCCCAAAAGAACUGAGCACUGAUCAGAUGGCCAAGAACAUCCCCCACAAUUGGCGGAAAUUAAAUCUUUCAUAAUCUGGGGAGAGAGAGACCAUAACAAUAAUGAGGGGAGGGUAAGGGGCCUGGGCUCGGAACAAAUGUCCUCAGUGUCCUGCCAAGACGGAAACAUGAAGAGAGAGACGAUCGAACGCGUGUGCCCUGACCUGACCCUGAACUUCGAGCUUACCUGCAGCAGGUAAAACAAGCAUAAUGGCAACCUUUUUGCCAAGAUGCGGGUGCGACCUUGUGCUUUGACUUGAGAGGUUGUCAUUGUCAGGAGAGUUCUUGUUUCCCCAGAUUAUUCAGGGAUCGUGGGUGAUGACAGGUCUUGCUAGGGUCCUCUACUCAGGUCGGAUGCUGGCUGGAAACUGGCGGACUCAGUCGAGGGCGGAGCGGGGAGGAUGAAUAGGUUCCAUAUGGAUUCAUUUCCAUUUUGGUAUAAAGGAUAGGGCUUCUGGCCUCAGAAACUUCUCACGGCACCCUUCGCAGUAUCCUCAGAACAUAGUCAACUCGGUUCAAAAAUCCUUCCCAGCAUGCUCUUUUCCAAGAUCCUACUCGCCUCAGUGGCAUUGGCCCUCGCCGAAGCCGCCGUCCUCGAAGUUCGAGCUACAAACACCAACCUCCAGACCAAGUUCCCAGCUUCGACCGGAAGCUCUGCCCUAGCUGCAGCAUCGACUAUUGCUGCUGGCCAGACAUUCGAUGGUGGCAUGAAGAAGUUUGAUCGAAGCAAGUCAACUUGCAAUGAGCAAGCUGAAGGAGGAGAUGCCGAUGCUGUAUUUGUGCUCAAGGAUGGUGCAGUCCUUUCAAAUGUCAUCAUUGGGCCCAACAACGGAGAGGGAGUUCACUGCCUGGGCACUUGUACUUUGAACAACGUCUGGUGGUUGGAUGUCUGCGAGGACGCCGCAACAUUCAAGCAAUCCUCCGGAACAUCCUACGUCAACGGUGGCGGGGCCAAAUCCGCGUCAGACAAGAUCCUGCAACACAACGGCGGCGGCACCGUCGCAGUGAAGAACUUCUACGCCGACACAUUCGGCAAGCUGUACCGGUCCUGCGGGAACUGCGGCACGCAGUACAAGCGGACGUCGACGUUUACCAACAUCCAUGUUUCGAAUGGCGGGGUGGUGGCGGGCGUGAACACCAACUAUGGGGAUAAGGUGACGAUCUCGAAUUCUUGUGUGCUGGGGACGGAUGUGUGCUAUAAGUAUACGGGGAAUAGUAAUGGGGAUGAGCCGAAGAAGACGGGGAGUGGGGCGGAUGGAACGUAUUGUGUUGCUUCUGGAGUCAAGACUAGUGGGUGCUAAGCUGAUCUCCAUAAGCUGAGAAUCGUGAUUGAGCGGAGGGAAAUGGGCAUGAAAAUUGGUGAUAGGUUGGUCAGGAUGUAAAUAAUUGUAGUCAAGUGAUUGAAGGGU